AUGAUUCCAUUCUUCAGCAUUUUAUCCCUGUUUCUGAUACCCUUCGCUGUAGCGGAACCUACUUUCGGCUACCGCAACUCAAAACCCAUUGAACUUGUCAAAGAUGUCGCAAUCAUUGGUGGAGGGGCAUCUGGCACGUAUGCAGCUGUCCGGCUCCGUGAGGACCUAAACAAGAGCAUUGUGGUGAUCGAACCCAAAUCAAGACUUGGCGGCCAUGCUGAUUCCUAUCGUGUCCCUAAUACCAACAUCACCCUCAAUUACGGUGUUGAGGCGUAUUUACCAUAUGGCCCAGCCCUCGAUUUCUUCGCGCGCUUUGGCAUCCCCACACGCACGUACGCCUCCACGAGACUGACGGCACUGAAUGUCGACGUCGAAACUGGCAAGGAACUCAAAGGUUACAUCCCACCAAGUGGCAACGCUACCGGCGCGGCUUUCCAGCGAUGGCUCAACAUCACAUCGAAAUACAAAGACAUGUUGGAGCCUGGCUAUUGGGACUUUCCGCAGCCGGAUGACAUCCCUGAAGACUUCCUUAUGCCGUUUGAGGAUUUUGCGAAGAAGUACCAGGUUGAAGCAGCUAUCCCGAGUAUUAUAACGAUAUCGGGGGUGGGAUAUGGUGGUAUUCGUCAUCUUUUGACGUUGGAAAUCUUCCAAAGGUUUGGGUGGUCGCUUAUAAAAGAUUUACUACAAGGUUCACUCUUCCAACCACUCGAUAACAAUGGAGUCCUGUACGAACGCGCGCUCGCACUACUUAAAUCGGACGUGCUAUUAUCCAGCACAGUCAAAGAUACAAAAAGGACGUCAAACGGAGUCGAACUAUUGGUGAAACAAGGAGACGUCGAAUACAUCAUCAAAGCGCGUCGUGUACUAUUCACCGCAGGCCCGAGCCUAAAAAACCUAGCUCCCUUCCACCCCGACAGCAAAGAAAAAGCUCCUUUCUCAACCUGGACUACAGACGCCGAGUUAGUCGGCAUCGUAAAGGCACCCUGCCUACCCGAAAACUACUCCUUCACAUACCUGCCUUCAUCAGUCGUACCGUCGAACCAGCUUUCCAUCAAAGACUGGCCAUACAGCUUGAGUUUAGAAUCCACCGGCCCAUCUGGUCUAGGUCUUUUCAGGGUAAUUUUCGGUGCAAACUAUACACUCUCGGUCGAUAGGUUCAAGAACUUGACAAAGGCGAGUAUCGGAAAACUUCAAGACGCAGGGACUGUCGCGGGCAAGUGCGAUGCAGAGUUCAAGGCUGUUGCAGACCAUACUCGGCCGCUAUGGAAGCAAUCGGCAGAGACACUGCGAGCGGGGUUCGUGCAAGACUUGUACGCCUUGCAAGGGUAUAGGAGUAUGUGGUAUACUGGGUAUGCUUGGGCUGAACAGUAUAGCUCACCGAUUUGGGGUUUUACGGAUACUGUGUUGUCGAGGCUUUUGAAGGAUCUGGAAGCUGAGGAUUCCUAA